GGGCGCGCUGCCCCGGGAGCGCACGCCGUCCGGGCCGAGCGCAGCCGCAGCCGCUCCAGCCAGCGCCGGCCUCCUGCCUUCGGUGCGCAGCCAGGGAGAAGGGCCAGUGGCGCCGCCGGCAGGGGUCACAGGCUCCUCUCCCGUACCGCAGCUGCUGGAUUGCCCGCGCUGCCCCUGCCUCCCCAGCAGAGCCCGGCCGGACCUGCCACCUGCGCCCCGGUCGCGCCAUGGAUCCUUCGGAGAAGAAGAUAUCGGUGUGGAUCUGCCAGGAGGAGAAGCUGGUGUCUGGCCUUUCCCGCCGCACCACUUGCUCGGACGUUGUGCGAGUGCUCUUGGAGGACGGCUGCCGGCGGCGACGAAGACAGCGGCCGGGUCGGCGGCGGGGGGCGGCCGGCGACCCGCUAGGCCCAGGGGAGCUACCCGAACCUCCGGACGAGGACGACGAGGAUGACGACGAGGUGCUGCAGCAGGGCAUGCUGUGCGGGCCCCCUCAGUGCUAUUGCAUCGUGGAGAAGUGGCGCGGAUUUGAGCGCAUCCUGCCCAACAAGACGCGCAUUUUGCGCCUCUGGGCAGCCUGGGGCGACGAGCAAGAGAAUGUGCGCUUCGUGCUAGUGCGCAGCGAGGCGUCGCUGCCUAACGCGGGGCCCCGCAGCGCCGAGGCACGCGUCGUGCUCAGCCGCGAACGCCCCUGCUCGGCCCGGGGGGCCCCGGCGCGGCCCAAUCUGGCCAUGACCCAGGAGAAGCAGCGGCGGGUGGUGCGCAAGGCCUUCCGCAAGCUGGCCAAGCUCAAUAGGCGGCGCCAGCAGCAGCCACCGUCGUCCUGUUCGUCCACUUCGUCGUCCACAGCUUCGUCCUGCUCGUCUUCGCCGCGGACCCACGAGAGCGCGUCUGUAGAGCGCAUGGAGACGCUGGUGCAUCUGGUGCUCUCCCAGGACCACACCAUUCGCCAGCAGGUGCAGCGGCUCCGCGAGCUGGACCGCGAGAUCGACCGCUACGAGGCCAAGGUGCACCUGGACCGCAUGCGGCGGCACGGGGUCAACUACGUGCAGGAGACUUACUUGGUGGGGGCAGGCAUAGAGCUCGACGGGCCCAGCCCGGGAGAGGAGCCGGAGGAGGUGGCGGCGGUGGAGAAGGAGGCGGCGGCGGCGCCCCUCGACGGGGAGGCCCCGGCGGCGGCGCUGGAGGAGCUGGCCCGGCGCUGCGAAGACCUGCUGCGGCUGCAGGAGCAGCGGGUUCAGCAGGAGGAGUUGCUGGAGCGCCUCUCAGCCGAGAUUCAGGAGGAGCUGAACCAGAGGUGGAUGCGGCGGCGCCAGGAGGAGCUGGCGGCGGGGGAGGAGCCCCCGGAGCCCGACGGCGGCCCCGACGGCGAGCUGCUGUUGGAGCAGGAGCGGGUCAGGACGCAGCUCAGCACCAGCCUUUACAUCGGGCUCCGGCUCAACACGGACCUGGAGGCCGUCAAGUCGGACUUGGAUUACAGCCAGCAGCAGUGGGACAGCAAGGAGCGCGAGCUGCAGGGCCUUCUCCAGACUUUGCACACUUUGGAGCUGACGGUGGCGCCGGAUGGGGCUCCCGGCUCCGGAGGACCCUCGCGGGAACCCGGGCCUCAGGCCUGCGCCGAGGUGUGGGUGGACCAGGCCCGCGGGCUGGCCAAGAGCUGUCCUGGCAACGACGAGGACUCGGAUACGGGGCUGAGCUCUAUGCACAGCCAGGACUCGGACUCGGUGCCUGUGUGCGAAUCCCUAGUGUAGGAGGAGCAGGGAGGGAGACGGGGAUGGGCCUUUCUCCCUUUCUUGCGGAAUGCACUGGCCCGGCCGGCUCAGGGACUCGAAACCAGGCUGGGAUGAGCCCGGAGCUCCUGCCGGGCAGCCCCGCUCAGCCGGGGGCUCAGACCGGGCCGGGGGAGGGCUGGGGACGCCUGCCCAGCAGCGGUGCUCCUCUGGCGUGAGUGCGGAAGAGGGAGAGGGACGAGGAAGCCGGGUCUCCAAUCCAAGCUCUUUUAAGGGAAGGGAGGAGGGAGAAGGUGAGAACCCCCCAUAUUGGAAAACGAACACCCCAGGGAAAUUGACGUGGUCCAAGCCCAUUUUCAAAAAAAAGAAAAAAAGUGGAGAUUUCAUCACUCCUCUGUAUGGGAAGGAGCUAGAACUUUAGUUUGUGGCAUAAAGUGCUUUAAUAGAAACACUUGGAUGAAAAGGAAAUUCCUUAAAUGUUAAUUGUGACUGUAAACGUGUUAAAACUAGCCAAAGAGAACUCACUGGUAUUGGUCUCAGUCUCGCAUCUUUGAUAAAACCCAUAGGCACCAAAAUCCUGGCUGUUUACAUUUCUGCAGAUUCGGGAAUUACCCAUCUGCUAAAUCAUUUGCCUUCUAUUUUCUUUAAAAGGCUAAACUGUUUCGAAAUCUAACUGUUUUUCCUCCUGGUAAAUACAGUAUAUGUUAAAAGGAAAUUCUUUUCCCAAAAUAGCCUUUUAUUAUUACAAAAGCCAAACAUAACACUGUUGAGAUAUAGAAUCCUGGCAAACAUAGUCCUGGUUAAAAUUUAAUCUGGGCCUUUGGGACCUGUUCCUGCAAAGGCAGGUGUGUUGUCCUUUAAUUCAUAUUGCCACUUCAUUGACUCAAUCACUAUUUCAGAAAAAAUAACAGGAAGUUACAGAAUUCAUGUUAUGCACAACCAAAUUUGCUGCAACAAGGUGCACUCUAGUUAAAGACUUGAAAGCAAAGAUCUUUGUUAAUAUUCAGCUUUUGAAAUAAGCUAUAUGAUUAAAAGCAGCCAUAACCUCAAC